CUGUUCUUUAGUUAGUUACUGAAGCUAUUUGGAUUCGGUUAACUUCGUUCUUGAUGAAAGUGUAUGAUAAAGUAGACCUGUUUUACUUCGUCAAGCUUAUUUCGUACUUUGAUGUGAAUAUAGCUGUUUCAGUCUGUUGCAGACUGUGCGUUCGAUUACUGCAUCGCAGAUUUUCAUCUCACUGUACGUAGAAUUUAGGGAAUUUGAUAGUACUGUCAUUUUAUGGGUUACUGAUGUGGCUCAUAUUGUUAAACGUCAGCCUGUUGAUAAUUACUGAAUCUAGUCCAUCUUUCGAAUUCGAUGGGAGCAUGUUUCGUAUUUCCGUAGGUAAAUGUGAAUUUUGUUUCCAAUCCGAAUCUCCAAGUAUGUGAGGAUCCCAGUAUUAUUUGAGUGUAAUACUCAGUAUAUGUUUAGACCAAUACGUACUGAUUAUUUACUAACCUUUAACAAUAACCAUUUUCACUCAAUGGUAUAUUCGUUAAACUGUUUUGAAUAAUUGUAGCGAUUCCUGUGAGUUUGGAGGAAUGUAUCACUCACUUUAUGUAUGCAGCGAAAUUAGGAAAAAAGUCUGUUCUGAUUUACAAUGUACACCCUUUAAUGGAUGCAAAGUCAUUAUUCGAUUUCUUUAAACUAUUUGGUGAAAUAAUCAGUCUUCGCUACUCACCGCCUGAGGCCCGAUGUGCUUUCGAAUUUAAUAAGUCAGAAUGUGUAGAAAAAAUUCUAGCAUCUCCAAUGAAUACAAUUUAUAAGUUCAACUUGAACAAUAUUAACAUUCCUG